AUGUUUUUGUUCUUCCUCCAUGUGACGGUGUCUUCAGGGAUCCACACUUUUCAGAGGAUGAAUGGAUGCUAUUUGGAUGAACAAACUGGAGAUUUCAAUGCUUUUAAUCAAUAUGGUUACGAUGGCAAAGACCUCAUCAGCUUUGACCUAGAAACAAUGACAUGGAUCACCCCACAACAUCAAACCGUUAUCACCAAACACAACUGGAACAGAGAUGGAGACGGUCAGUUUUGGAAGUUUGCACUUACAGAAGAAUGCAGGCAGUUCCUCCAGAUGUAUUUGGCGUAUGGGAAAAGCUCUUUACAAACACCAGUUUCUCCUUCAGUGUCUCUCCUCCAGAAGACGCCCUCCUCUCCUGUCACCUGCCAUGCUACAGGUUUUUAUCCUGACAGAGCUGAAAUGUUUUGGAAGAAAGAUGGAGAAGAGGUCCAUGAUGGUGUGAACACAUGGGAGAUUCUUCCCAACAAUGAUGGAACCUUCCAGAUGAGUGCCGACCUGGACAUUUCAUCAAUCUCACCCGAGGAUUGGCAGAAGUUUGACUGUGUAUUUCAGCUUUCUGGUUUAAAGGACAGCAUCACUACCAGAUUGGAUCAAUCUAGGAUCUCUACAAACUUUGGUAAGACCCAGGUGGAAAGACAUUAA